AUGAACUUCUGGACCGGAGGGUUCAUCAGCACCAACUACCUGACGGUGCGCUUCGGCGGUGCCCGGACCCCGCCCGUUGCAAUUCACCAAGUGUCAAUCCAAGCAGAUGGCCAGAACCUGGUUCAAACGGCUUUGGCAUCAACCGAUACGGAGGCUGUUGUGGAGCUGCCAAAGCUGUCGGUUCACACCGACAUGACCCGCGUGCCGCUGUACAUCUCCAACAACGGGCAAAACUAUGCACCGGAAGGCAUUCUCGAGUGGGAUCAGGAUGAGGACGCCUUCGACGUGCCGAAGAGCAUGGCCUAUUUUACUUUCCAUGAGAGUAUCCUGCCCGGGACUCAAUUCCUGCAUGAAUCGAAGCGGCAAAAAGCACUAGCAGCUGUGCAGAUCAAGGGCAGCGCCCUGGAAUAUGUGGCCAAAGAAUUGAAGCAGGAUAAAGAGGUGGUUUUGGCCGCGGUGCGGCAGAACGGCCUCGCCUUGGAGCAUGCUGCCGAUGAGUUGAAGAGCGACAAAGAAGUGGUCCUGUCAGCUGUGCAGAACCACGGCUUGGCCCUGAAGUUUGCGACAAAGGAGCUGAAGGAGGACAAGGACAUACUGCUGGCAGCUGUGCAAAAGAAAGGCGGCGCGUUAGAACAUGCUGCAAAGGAGUUGAAGCUGGACAAAGAAGUGGUUUUCGCAGCAGUAAAACAGAGCGGUCGCGCCUUGGAGCAUGCCUCCGACGAGUUGAAGAGCGACAAAGAAGUGGUCCUGGCAGCGGUGCAGAACAGUGGUCCCGCCUUAUUGCAUGCGGCACAGGGGCUCAAGAUCGACAAGGGCUUCGUGUUGGAAGCGGUUCAGAAGAGUGGCCUUUCACUGGAGCAUGCAGCUGAGAAGCUGCAGGGUGACAGAGAGGUGGUUUUGGCAGCUGUGCAGCAGAAUGGCCAAGCCUUGCUGCAUGCUGCACCUGAGCUGAAGGUUGACAAAGGGUUUGUGCUGACAGCUGUGCAAAAGAACGGCGGCGCCUUGGGGCACGUGGCGCAGGAGUUGAAACUUGAUAAACAGGUGGUUUUGGCAGCUGUGCGGACCAACGGCUUUGCCUUGGAACAUGCUGCGGAAGAGCUGAAGGCCGACAAGCUGUUUGUGCUCCAAGCUGUCCAGGAAAGCUACCGCGCCUUGAAGUAUGCAUGCCAGAAACUGCGGGGCGACAGAGAGGUGGUGGCCGCAGCUCUGCGAAAGAGCGGCUUCGCCUUAGAAUACGUAGCCCGGGAGCUGAAGCUUGACAAAAAGCUAGUGCUCGGAGCUGUGCAGAGUCGCGGCAUUGCCUUAGAGCAUGCCGCCGAGGAGCUGAAGCGAGACAAAGAAGUGGUGCUGGCGGCGGUGCAGAAGUGCGGAACUGCCUUGGAGUUUGCCUCCGAUGAGUUGAAACGCGAUAGAGGUGUGGUCCUGGCGGCCUUACGCCAGGACGGCUUUGCUUUGAAGCAUGCUUCCGAUAGCUUCAAGAGCGACCGAGAAGUGGUCCUGGCAGCUGUGCAGAACGAUGGCCUGGCCCUGCAGUAUGCGACAGAGGAGCUGAAGAUGGAAAUGGACAUAGUGCUUGCUGCCGUGCUAGAGAACGGCUUUGCUGCCCGAGUCGCCUCCAAAAAAGUCCAAUUCAACCCCCCAUUCAUGCUGGAUUUGGUCAAGGCCACCAAGGCUCCGUGGCUCCUCACCUGGUCGCCGAAGUUCAUCCAGGAAAAUACAGCCAUCGCUAAGGCUGCCGGCAGCGGCUUGGUCUUCACGUGGUACAACAGCUUCGAAUGCUUCCAGCGAAUGCGCCACGCCUUUGUGGCCACUGGCGAUGCCUACAAGCAGGUGAUGGAGAAGCUAGGGGCGGAAGGCAGAGGUGGUGCUGCCACCGUUUGGUUUGGAGACGAGCCGGUCUUCGGAUUUGCCAACGACGAUGGGACCUGGUUGCAUCCCAGUGACGAGUGCGGUCGCGAUGAGGUUCCCAUGCCAGGCCCAGGAUCUCGGCACCCCAUGUGGAAUUCGGUGGUGGAGUCGCGGAGUACAAAGUUUGCUCCAACAGAAGGCGACAAAUACAAGUGCUGGUGCUGCCAUUGGCUUCGGGAGGUGAAGCGCCAGCAUGCCGAGGGCGCCGUGAUUUGCUGCACUGUCUCCAAUAUUUUUAGUCCGGAGUGGGUGUCAAGAUAUAGUGCUGGCUCCUCGGAGCUCAGCGAUGCGCAGGCGGACAAAUUCAAGUUACAAAAGGAACGCUUCAAGAACUGUCCUGAUGGUCUCCCGCCUGGUUGGGGCGAAGGCGAAAUUACCAUUUCCGAUGGCUCUAAGUUUGCAAGGAAGGCGCCCAUCCACGAGAGGACAAAGCUGCCUCUGGGGCAAGGCUGCCGUUGGGAGCGCAGUGUGCUCGACAAGUUGGAUUUCCCAGUCUUUGCCUUCUUCAUGCCGUGUCGGAAUGACCUAUGGUGGUGGCUUUGUCUCAGUCUGUCUCCCGGUUCCUCCACCUUGGCAAAAUUGGACACGGAGCAAAGGGUCUUUGGCUAUGGCUUCCUGAACUCCACUGGUCUCAACUGCUCCUUCGAAUGGAUCGGCUCUCCUUCUGUGGUCUUCGUUUCUUCCACACAGAUCAUGUGCGAGGUUCCGAACAUGCUGGCAGCAAGAUCCAGCAAGGCACUGGGUUAUGCAACACUACGCGUGACCUUGAACAACCGUGACUGGUCGCGCACAAGCUUGUCUUUCCGAUUCUUGGGUGAGUGCCCCAUUGGCCACUACUGCCAGCACAGGGCCUUCAAUGAGUACACAUUCCGGCUGUUGCCAUGCCCCGCUGGACACUUCUGUGAGAGUGCCGGGAUGAGUGUACCGACCCCAUGUCCACCAGGCAGCUUCAUGCCGUACAGGCGUCAGGUUCAGUGCCAGCUGUGCCCUAUCGGCUUCUGGUGCCCUCGCUCGCGGAUGUUCCAGCCCAUUGGCUGUCGGAGAGGAUGGGUCUGCGACGAGCCAGGAUUGGUGGUGCCUUACAAACGGUGCCCUGCCGGUUUCUACUGUGAAGAGGGCGUUGCAACGCGUCUCUCACGCAGCACGCUGUACCUGGACCGUCGCAAGCCGAAGCCCUGUCCGCCUGGCCUUCACUGCUUCGAGGGCGCCCAAGCUCCCAAUCCCAAGCCUUCGAACUACUCCACGCCUCAGCCCUGCUUUCAAGGCUUCUUCUGCCCUCCUGCGAGCGAUUCACCAUACGGUGCCGGGGCGUGUCCUUUGGGGAAGUACUGCCCUACGCCACGGCACACUGGAAUCGUUUGCCCGGAGCGCUACAUGUGUGGUCCAUACCCCGCCAACACCGAGCCAACUGGAUGUCCUGCAGGUUCCUUCAACCCUUGGCCGGGGCAGUGGAACUGCACAGUUUGUCUGGAAGGCGGUGUGUGUCCACGCAGUCGCAUGCGCCUUCCUCUGCCGUGUCCGUGCGGCUACGAGUGCAGCGGUCGUGGGAGGCAGCGGGCCUCGGACCUCUGCCCUGCCGGACUCAUGUGCGAGGAGGGUGUCGCCACAGCUAUCGAGCCGCAACUCUGCGAGCCCAAGACCUUCGACAUUCGUGUGGAUACCAGCUUGCAGCGUGAGCGCGAGAAGAUCUGCGUGUACGGCAUCGGCCAGCAGUUCGUUGAAUACGCGAGGCUUCUCACCGUCCCGCGGGUGGCAAACCGUUUCGGCUGGUCGCAGGACCAGUUUGUAAAUGGAACCCUGGUGGGCCGAGCAGCCUGCUGUUGGUCGCCCGAGCGGCUGCAGCAAUCCUUCGACACCAUAUCGGCGGAGUUCAAAACGGCAAACGACACGCUCUCUGCGAGAAGCUUUGCUCGGCUUUCCAGCGAAAUCCGUCUUCGUACAGCUGCAGAGCGGGACAUCGACUUCCAGUCGCCAGGAUUCGAUGGCCUUACCCUGCUGAAUAUCACGGACGACGAGUUCCGCGAGGAUUUGGUGAUCCUCUACCCCAAGGCAAGGUCCUAUCUCCACCACUACAUUGAGAAGCUCUGGAACUUCAGGCGCCCUCUGCCAUGUCCAGCUGGUGCCUACUGCAAUGCGGGCACCUGUCCACGAUACUUGCUGACCGGAAUCGUGGAUGUGGACUUCGAUCGGCCCAGCAACGCGCUGGAAGAGGCGAGAAGGCUCGCAGAGACCCACUACACCGAGAAGCUACGGGAAGUCUUUUACAACCGGACCUGGAACAUCACCAUUCCUCCGGACAUGGAGCAAGGGGAGGAGAUGGGUGGCCAUGCAAACGACUCCAACGACUCGUCCUGGUCGCCGCUCAACCGCUCAGACAGGUGGGACAAGCCAUCAGACUGCUUCGACAAGAACGAGACAGAGCCACACGAGGGCAAGGCAAGAACGCCGCCGAAGCAGGAUGCUACAUUCGAGCACUUCCGUGUUCUCAGCGAGUUCCAGCAGAUGUCCACGGAGACUUUGGGCGCUCCAGCUCCCCUGCAGAGGCUCAACGAACCAAUGCACCAGCAGUAUGCCGUGGGGAAAGCGGCCUCCUUAGCACCCGAGUUGGCAUUUCGACAGCUGCUGGCGCACAGGAAAGACUUGUCUGAAGAAGAAUGGCUGCGCUUGUGGACCAAUGUCAGCGCUGACAUUGCCAGCAAGAUCUGGCCGAAUGGCACGGCAAACGUCUCUCUGGGCAACUGGACCUGGUUUGCCCAGAAUGCUUCCGGAGAAGACAUCACGCGGAGGCUUCAAGAGGAGACCUUCUUGGCCACCACAGAGGCUACGAUCAAAUUCCUGCAGCGUCGAGCCAUCAUGUCCUGUUUGUCAAUGUCGAUGUCCGGAUCAAAGAUUGCCUUGCUCAGUACCCGUUGGAAGCGAUCAACCCGCUGUCGAUGCGCGCUCCACAGCAGUGCAAAGCCGGCACCUUCUGCGACGCGCGGGCAGGUUCGUCUGCCGGUACCGGUCUCUGUCCUCCUGGGAAGUAUUGUCCACCAGGUGCUGGAGAUCCUGCAGAGGCCCCAGAAGGAGUGUUUGUGGAUGGCUCGGGCAGCGUCCGCGGCGUGGAGUGUGGUGCUCGGGCUCUUCAGCUCAGUUUCCGAGAAGUCUGACACUCCCUGGGAGCCGUUUCCUCGAGCUAUGGCGGGCAUCAAUUGGCCUGGACUCCUCGCCUGGAGCACCAAGUACCACGAUGGCACAGCGCCCUCGGAGUUCAAGCAACUCAGUGAGGAAGAUCGGAGGUUCCUGGAGAGGGCCAUGGAGGAAGCCUUUGGUCAUGUCGAGGACCCCAAUAAAGUGAUGGUCGAGGCCCGCGACCAGAUCCUUUCGCCGGAGCGCACCGACGAGAGCAUAUCCACGGCCUUGGAGGUCAUUGACCGCUGCUGUGACGACCCAGACUGCGCACGCAAUGCCGAGAAGCUGGACGUCUUGCAGCCUUUGCUGGACCUGGCCGCCUCGCAUGAGGGCUCCGUCCGCAGCAGGACAUUCGAGAUCCUUGCGCUUUUGUUCUCUAACAACCCCAACAUUCAGGCCGCCGGGGUAAAGCGAGAGGCCCUUCCGCUGUGCAUGAAAAUUGCGCAGGAGACUCCUGCAGGCUCUGAAGAGCGAUCCAAAGCAUUUCGAGCCCUCGUGGCCCUGGUCCGAAAUGUGAAGGAGUUCGAGAAGCUCCUCCUGGACCAGCCCAGUGGUUUGGCAUUGCUGACGAUGUGCAUGGACCUUCAGGAGCUCCCUGGAACUCGCGAGAAGGCAGCUUCUUUCGUUCGAUCCUUAGUGGAGAACGAGAGCAUGGCUGCCGAGCACGCGGCGCCACUGGCGACUGCCCUGGCCAAGCUUUUCUCCAACCUGGAGGAUGCCGGGAUCCAGUACAAGGAGACUUUGGCUUCCUGCGCUCUUCAACUCGGGAGCGGCUUCAAGGCUCAGUGUCCCCCGGAAUUGCUGGCGGCCGUCACGGCGAGAGUAUCUGAGCUCACUGCCGCAACGGAUCCGGAGGCAGAGCAGGAGCUCUCCUUUUUGAAGGACUGUGCUGCCGUCUUGAAAGCCUAG